GGAGUUGUAACAGCAGAUGUUGGAGGUGGAAAGUCAGUGCCCUGAGGGUACAAGGUGCUGUGUAGGUGUGAAGCAAAAGCUUCUGGACUAGAUUUCUUUUUUUUUUGAAGGGCAGAGGAGGUGUAGGGGCAUUUUUUCCAAGCAGCCUCUCUUGGCUGUGUUCCCGCAGAGCCAGGGCGAGGAAGAAAUCCAUCUGGAAACACCUGUUGUGCCUCUGGCCUUCAGCUCCUGGAAUGCGCCUCACCUGGCUGUGGCUGCACUUUUCCCUCCUCUUCUGCUAGUAAAACCAUUUCCCUGGGUAGACAGGUGACUGCAGCUGCACUUUGCCUUCCUCUUCUGCUAGUAAAACCAUUUCCCUGGGUAGACAGGUGACUGCAGCUGCACUUUGCCUUCCUCUUCUGAUGGUAAAACCAUUUCCUUGGGUAGACAAGAGCACCCUGAAGAGGCCUGUCCCAGGUUGCCCAGAGAGGUGGAGAUGCUCCAUUCCUGGAACCAUUCCAGGUUGGGUUGUUCAAGGCUCUGACCAACCUGCUUUAGUUGUAUAUGUUCAUGAUGACUGAAGGGGGGUUGAACUAGAUGACCUUUAAAGGUCCCUUCCCACACAAACCAGUCUGACUGCUGUUCUGGAUUGGAAAGGUUUGAUGUGAGUCACAGCCUGGACUAUUAACACUAGUGUGAAGUUGUGCCCAUGUGGAAGGAGACAACCGUGCUGCAUGGGUCACAGAAUUUUCUUCCCCUCUCUGUGCCAGGCUUUUUCCCAGGGCUGAGCAAGGAGGUUGUCACAGCCCAAAAAUGGAAGCUGCUUGGAGUAAAACUUUUUCUUGUCCAUAAGAUGUGGACUGGCAGAACAUGAUCUAGUAAGAGGAGUGGGGCUGGCUGGAUGCAGCCAGGAGGUGCUGCUGGACCCAUGGUGUUUUGUGGUACCCUCAGUCUGCAGGAGGGUUUGGCCAGAUGAGCUCUAAUAUGGGCAAGCUGGAGCAACUUCUGCUGUGCACCAAGAUCACCUUGAGGAGCCAAGCCUGUGCCACACUCCUCCUGCCACCUGCCCAGGGCCACUGAGGAGCAGUUAAUGAUUACCCCACCACCUCAGGUCCCUGCUCCUGCGCUGCCUCAGCGUGUUGGGAGGCUGGAAAGCAGGAUGCUGCUGCUGGUGGUUCUUCUGGUGUUACUGGACCCUACUGGCUGCCCCAAAACUGAGCCCCUGAGUGGGUCAGGCCAGGAGCCCCUCUUCCGUGGGGCAGAUCGCUACGACUUUGCCAUCAUCGUCCCUGCUGGUGCUGUGGAGUGCUUCUGGCAGUUUGCACACCAGACCGGCAACUUCUUCUUCAGCUAUGAGGUCCAGCGGGCAACAGGGAUUGGCAACAGCAGGAACAUCCUGGCCACAGCAACUGACCCCAAUGGUGUCCAGCUUGGUGUUUCCCAGCACAUGCGAGGACAGAUCAACUUCCUCACCAAGGAAACAGGCUUCUACCAGCUGUGCCUGGACAACCACGAAAACCACUUUGGCUUUGUGCAAGUGUAUCUCAACUUUGGUGUCUACUAUGAAGGCUUGAACAUGGAAAAGAAGGAACCAGAAGAAAAGAAAGAGCUGAACAACACCCUGGAGGCAAUCGAGGUCAGCAUCCACAAGCUGCAGGUCCACAUCUUCCACAUGUGGCGGUUCUACAACUUCGCCCGGAUGCGGAAAGGAGCUGAUUCCUUCCUCCUGGAGUCCAACUACAACUAUGUCAACUGGUGGUCAAUGGCUCAGAGCUGUGUCAUAGUCCUCUCUGGGGUGCUCCAGCUCUACUUCCUGAAGCACCUCUUCAAUGGGCACACCUCCAGCAGGCCGAAGUGCUAACAGUGCCCACAACUACUGCCCGCAGCGCUCUAUAACCAAGGUGCUUCUCUGUCCCUUCACAGAGCAGGAGGGAAAGCUGGGUCCUGCUUCCACGUAGAAGGAACGUUCCCCUUGCUCCUGCCUCAUCUAACAUCACCCAGAGAGGGGAAGUGCAACAUGGUUGCCUGAGCUUUGCGUGCUGGGUUUGUUUGUUACCCCUCUACGUGUCCUUACAGUGUCCAUUGUGCUUUUUGUACCAGAUAUUAAAUAAAGAAAGUCUGGCACGCAUGCUGGGGAGUGAUCA